UUUUGACUGAUAAGAGGGAAACUCCCAUAUGAUAACUUUAAGACAAUGUUCACAACUCCUACAGAAAUAAAUCAGUUAUUGGCUGUUGGUCUUAAAAGCUGAACAACUGAUCAUGUCUGACACAAUUAAAGAGGAAUAUUCCUUUAUUUGGAAUAUUGAAAAUUAUUCCUUUUGCUUUGAUAAACCCAGAGAAACUUUUAAAAGCCCCAUUUUCACUGCCAGUAAUUUAAAUGGAAGCAAAUGGUUUUUAACAUUUCGCCUUUAUGAAGAGGGUGGUAGAUAUAAUGUAGCAUGUUACCUGAAUCGAUGCAAAGAGGACCUGUGUAGUGAAAAAAUAAACAUUUUUUUCGCUAUUGGGUUGAUAAAUGGAGAUGGUUCAAAAGCUGGUAAUUUUGACCGGGAGACAUUUCAUCGAGGAACAAUGCACGGUUGGGACAAGUUUGAUAUAAGAAACUGGUCUAGUGUGGACAAUCGGAAUUCGAUUUGGAAAAAAGAUGUUUUGACCAUCCGUUGCCAAAUAACAAGCGAUUUAAACCGGCCCGAAUCUGUAGCUGUCACUGAAUUUGGAAUCGACAAGUACUCAUUUCAGUGGAAAUUAAAGCUUACCGAUUGUGUCGCGGCUUCUCAGAAAAAGAACUUUUCACUUUCAGAAACAUCGCAGUAUGAAAUCUCUGUAAGUGCACCAGGCGAUCUAAUUGAUAUCAAAGUUGAAACAGCUGCAGAUUCAUCGCAACAAUUUUUGCAUGGCAAAAUAACUUUACUGAACCAGGAGGAUGUUGAGGUUUCAUCAAAAGGUGACAAACAUUUAUUUAAUUUGGAAGAUGACAAUGCUAUUUGGAUCUUCCCGUCUUUUAUAUCCAAGGAAAUACUGAGCAGUUAUUUAAAGAAUGAUAUUUUUUCAUUACUUUGCGAAUUUUCAGUGGUCAAUGAUAAAGAAUCGUCAGAGAUUUCCUGUUCUGCUAUCUCUUUCCGAAUCAACUGCAACAAUGCUCUAACUUUGCGUGAGGAUCUUUCGAAUCUCUUUACGAGCUCCAAACAUUCGGAUGUAGAGAUACGAUCCGGAAGCGCGACCUUUUCAGUACACAAAUCUCUUCUUGCUAUUCGAUCCCCUGUGUUUUCUGCCAUGUUCGACCAAGACAUGAUCGAGAAACACUCGGGUAUCGUAGAUAUUUCAGACAUAGAUCCUGAAACAUUAAAAACUUUUCUAGCAUUCAUAUACACGGGAGCUGUUGACAUAGAGGAUUCUGAUAGCGCUUUAAAGUUGAUGAUGGUCGCUGAAAAGUACCAAAUGCCAUCUUUGAAAGAAACAUGUUCAGUAUUUCUCAUGUCAGCCAUUUCACCCAGAAAUUUGUGCGAGAUACUGGAUUUGGCAGAAAUGUUAAACUUAAAACAGCUGAAGAAAUGCGCACUGGAUUACUUUGCAAAACACAUGAAGGAAAUUUUGAUUUUGCCUCAGUGGGUAACAUUCUCCAAGAAGAACACAGAAUUAUCGAUGGAAAUACUUUCAUAUGUUGCUAAAAACUUCGAAAUUUCCACGAAAGAGAAUUAAAAGGAUAGAAAAGAUGAUGCUACCAGGAUUACUUGAAAGAGAUGUGUAGGACCACGUGAUUCCGAAACUUAAGGAUUUUUCAUUUUUUUUAAUUAUAAAUUUAAAUGUGAAGACCAUUAAUUAAAUUUAAAUGAUGAAAUUCAGUCGCUAAAUGUUUGUGAAAUAGCGAAUUAAUUCUAUACUAUUUAUAUUUCUGAUGUUUGCAUGUAAAUAAAUUAAAUCUUUGCAUGAG